UAGGAAGAAGGCAGUGCUCGGCAUCUGGGACUGGAACCAAGCCUUUGGCUGCUCAAACUGUUCAUCUCAUUUGCUGAAUGGUUCUACUGUUUGGCAGGCAAUAGAGAUGUACAGGGAGGUCAUAUUCUAGGACGGGGGUUUUCUCUUGCUCUCUUUCAGUCAAACAUAAUUGUGAGCAGAGGUGUGGCGGUAGCAGAAGGCCAGUCAAAACAGCUGCCACUGCUGUUUCACCUUAACUGAUUCCCUGCACUACCUGCCCCGAUCCCCUUGUUUAGGUUAGGCUAGCCAGCCAGUGCAACUACAAAUCCUUAGCAUGCAGCCGGCCUUCCAAAGUCUGUGCAGACUCUUACUUUCACUGCAUCCUGGGAAAUGUAGUUCAAAUCAGUAAUCAGAAGACAGGUGAUCAGUUUGAGCGCAGGCAUGGGGACCUUUAGAAGCGCUUGUCUGGACUGUUUCGACAGUAAAGAGCACUGCUAUGAGAUUGGACCCACGAACUUGAUGGAGCGGAAAGGCUCCCUCACCCUCCGCUCUCAGCACAAGAAAUACUCGAAGCCAGUGUUGGUGUAUUCCUGGCACCGUGACAGAGAAGCUUUUCCCAAAGAUUAUGACAUAGAGGGUCCUGAGACGGUGAAAAAACUGUGUAAUUCAACGUAUUGGCGACUUGGGACUGACUGUCCAACCUGUGUAUCAGAAACACAUGAACAGAUGUCCCAAGUUUUCUUAAACAAAGACUUUGUGCAAAGAAAGAAAAAGGCCUUGAUAAACGCGGAAACAAUAUGUCCUGGGAUUUUGGAAAGGGAUCCUGAAUUGCCUCCCACAGGCUUUCGGCAUGUUUUUAUGGGAUCCCCACCAGAUCAGAGAAAACCGUGUGCUUUAACAACGUACUCUGAAGACUAUACUCCACAGUAUAAUUAUCCACCACCUAAUAAAGAUGCCUUCACCUACAACCAGCAGGAAGCAUUUUUAAGAACACGAUACCCACAUUCCCAAAGAGGUGGUGUGGGGCAGGCUUGCCCACGUCGAGAUGAGUACUCCAUAGUCUACAGGAAGUGCCGUUCACAGUUCACAGACCUAAAUGGCUCCAAGAGAUUUGGCAUCAACACAUGGCAUGAUGAGAGUGGGAUUUAUGCUAAUUCAGAGGCCAAGCAAAAACUCUACUCAUUAGCGGGCAAUCCUAUUGUCCCACAUUAAAAGCAAUAUGUAUGCAAUCAGACUCUCAGGUUAAUGAAAAAUAACAAAUGUAGCAGUAAUAAUUUCCUUUGAUAAAUACAAAGUCUCCUGAUCCAA